AGUUGAACGCAUCUGUGGAGUCUGUCCCAUACCCCGCGGCCUGCACAGUUUGUAUGAGCUCGGAAAAGUGUGCGUAUGUGUCAUAGUAACGUCUUGGAGAAGCCAAUCAGUGUAUGCAGUGUAGCACUGUGGUAAAAUUAUGAAAAGAAGGUCUAUACUAGAAAUAGUUACACAUUGGAAGGUCCUCUUGAUACAUGCGGGCGGCGAUCAGAAGGUGCCUGUGGAGAGGUGAGGCAGCAGAAGGCGUGGGCGGGGGGUGGGAACGAGGCCUCAGCGCGGCACCAUGUCCAAGACAAAAUGCUUCCUGAAAUCAAUCGCUGGGGCGGCUGGACUCAGCCUCGUCCUCCUCCUGUACAUGAACAGCAACACCUUGAGGCUGCAGGAGGCUCGAAGGCAUGCGCCUCCGGGGCAGAGGCAUGACGACCCCUUCCAGAGGGUGGACCACAUUGGACUACUGAAGGGACUGCAGAUGGAGUUUCUACCCAAUUUCAAGAAUCCCUGUUGGUAUGAAGCAGUGAGAGUUGACAAGGGGUCCCUUCAACCCAGUGUGUUGCCCUUCCUUCCAGUGCAAUCAUCAGUACAACACAGACACAGGAAUAGCAACCAGUCUGUUGAUGUGUUGCAAUGUCUUCCCUACUUUUUUUUGAUUGGACAACCCAAGUGUGCCACAACCGACAUCUUUUACCGAAUUGGUUGCCAUCCAGAUGUGGCAGAGCCACCACUCAAAGGACCCCAUUGGUGGAGUAGAAAAAGAUUUGGAAUGCCACAUACUGCACAACCAGUUCCUUUUAGUGACUACAUAAACUUGUUCAAUGCUUCUAAAAUCCAAGAAGAGAAACAAAAAUCCAGUGAACCACAGGGCACAUGGGAGUACCCCAGGAUCACAGGUGAUGGCAGCACCUCCACACUGUGGGACAGUAGCCAAACCAUGAGCUACCUCCACCACCUCAUCACCACACACAAACACAAGAACAUCACCAAAGUGUUAUUUUCUGGCAGGAAUGAAGCAAAUACUUUCCCAGACAGUAAAAAAUCAUCAAAGAUCCAUUCUAUUAUAUAUGAACAUUACAUUAAUGGCUCAAAUCGGUCAUCUGCAACCCAGAGUGGUGUAGUUCUUCCUUUCACAGUGGCUGACACCAUUCACCUAGUCCUGCCCAAGUCUCGGAUCAUUGCAGUGUUUCGGGAUCCUAUUUCAAGAUUGUACUCCAGUUACCUAUUCUUCACUAAAAAUGCAGACCUUUCUCCUCAACAUUUUGAUGAUAGUGUGAGGAGUUCAAUACAGAAAUGGAAUGCUUGUAUCAAGCAGUAUUCAGAUCGAACAUGUGCCUAUAACAAGACUCUACAAAAAUAUUUGGGAGUUCGCCUUUACAAUGGACUAUAUAGUAUAUACAUCAAGGACUGGCUGCAGGUCUUUCCUCAAGAACAGGUGCUGGUGCUGAGGAUGGAAGAUUAUCAGAACAAUAUGAACAAAACCCUAGAAGAAAUAUACAACCAUCUGGGACUGAGGUCACUAAUGCCAGAUGAAAGCAAAAAACUUAACAUCCACAAAGUCUAUAACAAGAACAAAAGAAAACUUUCAGUGGGAAAGAUGUUACAGUCGACAAGAAAAAUACUUCAAGAUUUUUACAGACCUUAUAAUAGAGAUUUAGUAAGCAUUCUAAAGAAUUCAAAAUUCAGUUGGGAAGAUAUUUACCAAAACUGCAAUUAAUAACUGUAGAUCAUCAUUUUUAAUGUAUGUGUGUGUGUGUGUGUGUGGGUGUGUGUCACCACGGCCUGAUCACCAAAAAGUCCCCCUCCGAUUAGAGCAAGCUCAUUACAGUCAAUCUUUGGGUACUGCCAGGACCUUCAAACACCACACACUAAGUUCCCCUUCCUCCAGGGUAGACAGUUACCAUUCCUUGUCAAUGGAAAAAUCUUAGCCUGAGAGGGGCUUGAAUCUCAUCCUGCCAGUUCAGAGCCUUAAUCCAUUGAGCUAGUGGAGCAGUUUGUGUUAAGUGUGUGUGUGUAUGUGUGUGUGUGUGUGUGUGUGUGUGUGUGUGUG